GUUAUUUAGAGACAGGCGCUGGGAAUAUUCGCCCAUAAUAGACACAGAAGACAGGAAAUAUCGAGCUGUAUCGCGAUAAAUAUUUACAGAAAAGACGAAUAGGGGAAUUUAUUGAUCAGGUCGCGUCGGUAAAAGCGGCUCUGAUCGCCGGGAGAAAGAGGAGGUUCGAAUCUCUGCUUUUUGCGUUUGUGAAUCGGUUGAACCAGGAGGGGGAUGAGGCUGCAGUCGGAGUCGAGACUCUCUCUGGGUUUUAUGUCGCUGUUAUCCGAACAAAGCUGCAGGUUUUCGAUAAAAGCGCACGCAGGAAGUAGUAGAGGGCUCUUGCGACCGUUCAGUUGUGAAAAGCAGUGAGGUGUUUUUGUAAAGAAGCGGAAAUAAAAGCCACCGCACGCUACAUUUGUUACAGUUUUACUGCAGCGGGUUACACUGUAACCUCCUUCAGGGUCAAAGCCAGAGGCUCACAGGAAGCAGCGCGGAUAGAGCUCCCUUAGUUUAACCUCCGUUAGAAAACUUGGACGAAAAAAAACCCCCAUAAGCAAUGAAGCUGUUGGAGAACUCAAGCUUUGAAGCGCUCAGCUCUCGGCUGUGUGUGGAAACCGGAGAUUCGCACAUCCUCGGCAGGAUCGAGAGCUACUCUUGCAAGAUGGCUGGUGACGACAAGCACAUGUUUAAGCAGUUCUGCCAGGAGGGGGAGCCACAUGUCCUGGAGGCUCUUUCACCUCCACAGACCAGCAGCGCUCCGAGUCCUAACCUGUUGGGGAAGAGCGGUGAUGAAGCAGAGAACCCUCUGAGCGAUAAGUGUUGCAGGAAGACUCUGUUCUACCUCAUCACCACACUGAACGAAUCGUUCCGUCCCGAUUACGACUUCAGCGCCGCCCGAGCUCACGAGUUCAGCCGCGAGCCGAGCUUCAACUGGGUGGCGAAUGCUGUGAACAGCAGCUUGUACUCAUCUGUAGGGGAGGAGUUUAACACUCUCGGUCCGGAGCUGUGGAAUGCCAUUGAUCAGGAGAUCAGCCUGCAGAGCUGUGACAUUUACAGCUACAACCCGGAUCUAGAUUCAGACCCUUUUGGUGAGGAGGGCAACCUCUGGUCUUUCAACUACUUCUUCUACAACAAGAAACUCAAACGCAUAGUGUUCUUCACAUGCCGCUCUGUAAGCGUCCUCAGUAGCUAUGGUCGCAGUUGCCUUGACAACGAGCUGGACAUGGAGCUGGAUGAUGAGGAAGAAGUGGAUGGCUUCAAUGAGGACAGGUUCCCCCGAGCCCUGUGUGUGUAAAUCCAGCUCGAUCAUCAGCUAACAAGAUGUCACCUUUUUUCCUCUUCUCAUUUCUGCACUCUUUCCUUGAUCUUGAUAAACUGAUGGAUUUCAUUUAUCUGGGCUGUAUAGCCAUGAAAGUUCAGAUGUUAUGAAAUGGAGUAAUUGUAGUCAGAUUGGAUACAUGUCUGCGUAUAGAAGGCGCUUUGGACACUGAGGACUGCUUGUGGACGUUCUGGAAAUAUCAAGGAGGUUUAAUACAAGAUGACUGUUUGGCUAAAAUUCCACACGAGCCUGAAUGCUACGCUCUUCUCUUCACGUCUGACUGUUUAAUUUUUCCCAGGAAAUGAUGUCAGUACAUCAACAUGUCCUACAUGCACCAGCAGUUAAGAUAGGAGGGGCGAGUCAUAGUUGCCUAAUAACCUCCAUCCAGCCACAUGUGAAUAAGGCUUGUGAUUUUGUCUUCAUUUCAGCAUUUUUACUGGCUUUUUUUUUUAUCUGUCUUUAUAUUCUUGUGUUCAUUUUUUUUUUUAAAAUAUUUUAACUUUUUUUUUUUUUUUGUGUGUGUUUUAAUUCAGAGAUUUUACCACAACAGCUUUUAUCGCACUGAAAGAAAUGUGCCUGGUUUGUGAAAGUUUCUUGGUGAACCUUCGUGUGUGAUGCUGUGAUGUGAAACGGAGGUCCACAGGAGUCUAGAUUGUCUCUCACAAAUCAAGGGCAUCCUUUAUAAAAGCUUUUGUACACAACCA